CCUUCGACCAACACCUGAACAAAGAGGACAAUAUCUCCGACAUGGAGACCGUAAGAUUUCAUGACAAUAUUAUCAUACAAACUUGUGUUACUGUCGAGACUUUGGUGAAGGUUAAGCGAUGCAUCGACAAGGAUUAAAUGUGUGCAUGGAUAUUUACAGUGUUUAUGACUUUAAUGUGACAGGCAUGAUCAAAAUUAACUGAAAAUAAGUGAACAUUAGCGUUUUUUUGUGUGUGUUACUGUCAAGACGUUCGGAUGGUUUUCAUAAAAGUGAUGCAUUGACAUCGUAUGAAAGUCCUGCCCACCAUGUCAAAGACUCUAUGUGCUUAAGAGCAGAAAAGCUCAUGUGAGAAAUCUCUUUCAGACAUUUUUUAUGUCUUCUGGGCUAUUUAAAGCCGUCAGCCUGAAACUUAUUUCACAGUUUAUUUUAUACUAACCUAUGCUAUCAGGUGAAAACUAUAAACACAAGCUAUUUUCACUCUUAUUACAGCUAAAGAGGUGCAUUCACUGAAAUGUAGUGUUAAAAUAAGGGACACCAUAACUUUAAAGAACUUUCAGUCAUCAUAAAAUUCAACAAAAUAAACUAAAAAGGCAUAAUAGUUAGACCUAUUUUUAAGUGCUCUAAUAGGCCUGAGUAACCAAAAAAAUCCUAUGAAUUAUAUUUGAACCUAUUUAAAAAGUUACAAAAAAAAGUUGAAAUAAACUAAAAAGACAUAAUACUUAGACCUAUUUAUAAGUGCUCUAAUAGGCCUAAGUAACCAAAAAAAUCGUAUGAAUUACAUUUGAACCUAUUAUAUAUAAUAUAAUAAGUAUAAUAUAAUAUAUAUAAGUUACAUAAACAGACGAGAUGAAGUUAAAAGAAAUGUCUUAUGUACAACCUUUAAAAUGAAGAGUUCAAUAAUGUUCCACUGAAAUAUGUUUUCAUGUUGUUUCAUCAAGUGUGUGUUUUCUAUCACAAUAUUUAAAAUUUCAUAAUAGUUUUGACAGGGAAAAAUUCACAAAGUGUAAUCGAAACACUGUCCUUUUGUGGAAGUCAGUUUUUUUAUCAAACUGAAAACAGAGGAUUUUCUUAUUUAAUCCUGAAAAAGUCUUUUCCCCAAUAAAAUAAAAUGACUGAAAUAGACAUACCAAAAAUAUAAAUUCUUAAUGGGGGGUGUUGUAUUGAUGUUAAUCUAUUUCUGUUGCACAAUUAACCUGCUGAUUAGAGACUAAAUUAAAAUUAAAAUGUAUUGACUGUCUCUUCUUGAUGAUACUGAUGUUACAGAUGCUUCCUUCAUGACCUUGACACCACAGUCAAAUGUUAUAGCUUGUUUAAUUUAAAUGUCUGCAUUGUUUCUGUCUUCAGACCAGCCGACGCUUCACCCCGGUCCUUGUGGACAGCCCUGAUUGGUUCUGUCCCAGGCUGAUCUUGAAGAGGGUCGCGGCAACACCCAUGUCCCGUUCCAAGCCUCGCUGUGUAAGUAGGAAACCACACUGACAACAUAGAUAGGCCAUUAGCAUGCCUUCAAAACAACAUACAAAACUUUUAUUGUCUGAAUGAUUUUAAUUACAGAAAUGUGUUCAUGAAUUUGUCUUUUUUAAUUUUAAUUUUCUUUAACUGAAUUGUAUUCAUUUAUUUAUUUCAAAGAUGUGAAAACUUCCCCUGGAAAAAUCCUUUCUGCAGACUUCAGAUUUUAUAAUUUGUUGGUUUUUCUGUCUCAGGUCCCAGUGGAGCAGUACAGCCUCGUCCAGAACCAGGAUGAGUCCACUCCUAGGCUGUUACUGAGGAAGGUCCCACCGAUGGACGGCCCUCCACGUUUCUCCUCCCCCAAGCUCAACCAGGUCACUCACUCUCACUCCUCUUCUGUCUCUCCCUCUUUCUCUUUCUCUUUCCCCUUUCUCUCCUACUUUCUCUCCCUCUUUUUCUCCCUCUUUCUCUCCCUUUCCUCCUUUCUCUCCUCCUGUCUCUCCCCCUUUCUCUCCUACUUUCUCUCCUUCUAGCUCUUCUCCUUCCUCCCCCUCUUCUGGUUGUUGCUCUGGUACUGGUUGCCCCUCUCUGUGCUCUUCUCCAGCCAGGUCACCGGGACCUACCCGCAGCCCCUCACCCUGCCUCCCCCCUCUGAUGUCAGAGGAGGAGCAGUGGCCAGGCUUGGAGCCCGAGGACCCAGAGGAGCUCUCCAGACCAAGGAGACGGUGGAUGGCCCCACUGAGGACCACUCAGGAAGAACCUGCGCCCCUUUCAUUCAUCCACCAAGCUCAUCUCCACCGGUCCUGAGCCCAGGUGGAAGAAGAAUCCUCAGCGCCUCAUGAAGAUCAGGUUCCAGCGGUCUAACGUGACUCACAAGAGGCCUGCUGGAUGGAUGAAAAACAACCGUCCAAGCAAGAGUCCUUUUGGGGGUCACGUUGUGCUGUAGUUUAAUUUAGUUAUUAAGCUGUAGCACAGUAAUGGAUAAUUUUAGUUGUUUGCCAAGUUAGAUAAGUUAAGUUAGAAGAAGUUAAGUUGUUCAGUUAUGGUAAGUUAAGUUAGAGUAAGUUAAGUUGUUUAGUUAUGAUAAGUUAAGUUAGAGUAAGUUAAGUUGUUUAGUUAUGGUAAGUUAAG